CAGAUUGCUGAGCUGAAGAGAGGAGCGGAGAUCAUCGUGUGCACACCGGGAAGAAUGAUUGACAUGUUGGGGGCCAACAGCGUCAUACCUACCAGACAGUGAUGUGUUUCCUGAAGAUCAGGGCAAGUACAGGUGAAAAGGCGAUUGGUCAGAUAUUGCUUGGGGCUCCAUCUCUUGUUUUGUAUCUUGAGGCUGUUUUCUGACUUUUACAGGUCCCUCAUGUCCCUGAGAUGGUCGAGUCACCAACCUGCGCAGAUCUACAUAUGUGGUGUUGGAUGAAGCAGACAGGAUGUUUGACAUGGGCUUUGAGCCACAGGUGAUGCGUAUUAUAGACAACGUGCGUCCAGACCGUCAGACGGUCAUGUUCUCCGCCACCUUCCCCAGAGCUAUGGAGGCGCUGGCCCGUAGGAUCCUGAUCAAACCUCUGGAGGUCCAGGUGGGGGGCCGCAGUGUGGUCUGCUCUGAUGUGGAACAACACGUGCUGGUGAUUGAGGAGGACAAGAAGUUCCUGAAGCUUCUUGAGAUUCUGGGUCACUACCAGGAGAAGGGCUCGGUCAUCAUCUUUGUUGACAAACAGGAGCAUGCAGACUCUCUGCUGAAAGACCUGAUGAAAGCCUCGUACCCCUGCAUGUCACUGCACGGAGGAAUUGACCAGUACGACAGAGACAGCGUCAUCAGCGACUUUAAGAACGGAGCAUGUCGUCUGAUGGUGGCUACCUCUGUGGCUGCGCGAGGCCUGGACGUCAAGCAGCUGAUCCUGGUGGUCAACUACAACUGUCCCAACCACUACGAGGACUACGUCCACAGGGCCGGACGCACAGGCCGCGCAGGCAACAAGGGCUUCGCCUACACCUUCAUCACAGAUGACCAGGUUCGCUAUGCGGGGGAUAUCAUCAAAGCCCUGGAGCUGUCCGGCUCUCCUGUCCCGCCUGAACUGGAGCAGCUUUGGUCCUCCUUCAGAGACCAACAGAAAGCGGAGGGUAAGACCAUUAAGAGCAGCAGCGGCUUCUCAGGAAAAGGCUUCAAGUUUGAUGAAACAGAACACGCCUUAGCUAAUGAGAGAAAGAAGCUUCAGAAAGCUGCUCUCGGACUGCAGGACUCUGAUGACGAGGAUGGAGCCCUGGAUAUUGAAGAGCAGAUCGAGAGCAUGUUCAACUCCAAGAAGCGGGUGAAGGACCUGUCGGCUCCCGGGGCGACCUCCGGCUCUGCAGGAUCAACGUCCUCCACAUCGUCCGUCUCCGGGGGGCUGCCAGGCCUCGGCCCGACGUCUGCUGGAAACAUCCAGAAACUGGAGAUGGCCAAGAGGCUGGCGCUGAAGAUCAAUGCUCAGAAGAACCUGGGCGCCGAGGCUCAGGACGUGAUGCAGCAGGCCACCAACGCCAUCCUGCGGGGGGGCACCAUCAUGACGCCCUCGGUGUCGGCAAAGACCAUCGCAGAGCAGCUGGCGGAGAAGAUCAAUGCCAAGCUGAACUACACCCCCGUGGAGAAGCUGGAGGAGGAGCGGCAGGCGGCUGAACAGGCCGAGACCGUCAAGAGAUACGAAGAGGAGCUGGAGAUCAAUGACUUCCCUCAGACGGCCAGGUGGAAGGUGACGUCUAAGGAAGCUCUGCAGAGGAUCGGUGAAUACUCUGAGGCCGCCAUCACCAUCAGAGGAACAUAUUUCCCUCCAGGAAAAGAGCCCAAGGAGGGAGAACGCAAGAUCUACCUGGCUAUUGAAAGUGCAAAUGAAAUGGCCGUGCAGAAAGCCAAAACAGAGAUCACGCGGUUGAUCAAGGAGGAGCUCAUCAGAUUACAAAAUUCUUACCAGCCGACGAGCAAAGGCCGCUACAAAGUGUUGUAGAGAAGAAUCAAAGGCUCAUGGAAGGAGUUUCCGUCUCUCAACAAUCCCCUGCCAUCUCACCGUGUUUAAAACUAUUUGAGUCUAUAUUUUUAAUAACAUUCCCUUGAAAUACCUAAGUUUGCUGUAUGGUUUUGUUUUUAUUAUGCAUAAUUAUUCCCUCAGUUUCCUCUGUGCUUCACCUGACUUUCCUGUGAUUUUAUACCUACAGACCAGAAAUGACCUCCAGUGUCAUUGUACCAUCACAAUCCCAAAUAUGUAUUU